ACCAGCCCACCAUACACACAACAAACAUGAAGGCCUUUAUUGUGUUCGCUUGCUUGGCUGUGGCGACGGCCCGCGCUGGACUCGCCCACGGAGGAUACGGUGGCUACGGAGGUUACGGAGGUAACGGAGCUGCCCUCGGAGGACACGGUGGCGCUGGAUUCAGCGGUGGUCUCGCUGCUGGUGCUGGCACUGCCAACUCCCUCCAGGGUGGUGCAUCCAGCUUGGGAUCAGGUGGUCUUGGGGCUAGUUACGCUGCUGGUGCUGCCGCUGCCGCUGGUGCCGCAGGAGUACAGCAGAUCGUAUCUGGUGGAGUUAUCGGAGGAAGAUCAGACAUUGGACCAGCUGAGGGACCAAAGGCCAACGUUGGACCCCAGAGCGGACCAUCUGACCUCGUAGGACCACAGGAGGGAGCCAAAUCCGUUGGAGGACCACGUACCGGACCAUCCAGCCUUGUUGGACCAGCUGCCGGACCAUCCACCCUCGUCGGACCAUCCCAGGGAACCGCCACCCUCGUAGGACCAUCCCAGGCCACUGCUAACCUCGUCGGACCAAGCUACGGUGGUGUUGCUUUCUACGCCGGAUCCGGUGGAAUCAACGGUGACGACGGUAGCUCUGGCGUUGCUGCUGCUGCUGCUCCCGGAGGCGGUGCUGGAGGUUUCGGUGGUGCUGGUGCCAUCGCUGUGAUCGGUGGUGGUCCAGGAAUUGCCGGUGGAAUCGGUGGACACGAUGCCGGUGUUGCUGUGAUCAACGGACCAUCUGGUGCCAUCCACGCUGGACUCGGCUCCCACGGUGCCAUCAUCCCCGGCGGAUACGGCAAACACUACUAAACAGUCUUCCCCACCCCAGCGAUCUCGGUUCGGCGACGGCGGCGAAACUUACCACGACCUGCACUGGUCAUAUUAAACAGUAUCCUCAAAGCGCGUACGUCUUCUUCCCAAAGCUUCAAUACCAAUCGAACGGAGCCAAUGGUUAUCAAGGAGUAGUCAAGUUGGACAGUCAAGUCAUGUAGUGAGACAGUCAGCCCCAAAGGUUAAUGCCGAUCCACGUAGUUCAUCGCGCAACAUCAACAAAUUUAGCCAAAUAACAUCAGUCAUGGAUGGGCAGAGAGAGAGGCACCAAUGUGGAUUAAGCUUUGACGCUUUAACGAAUCGGGACCAUUCUGGGAUUGUGUUCUAUUUUAACGAACAUCCAUCUGUUUGGCCACCAAUUUAGCACCUCAACAUCAAUCAUCAAUGAAUUUUUUUUUUAAUUUUUAUAUUACCAACUUGUAACAUCUUAAGGCCGACAAUCUCACUCGCAUAUACUAUCCCUUGAUGGACAACUGGCGUUCAUACAGAGCGAUCAGUUAUCCACCAGUUGUUAUACUCACUGCCGCACCCAAGCAUACAUAUUUUUUAUUACAUACUCGUCCAUGUCUUCUUCUUUUUUAUAUAUACUAUACCUACUACUUCUUUAUCUUCACAUAUAUUAUGCAUUUACACACGAGCGCAUAAUCUCACAUGCAUUUCAUGUGUAUAAUCGUGUAUUGUGCACAUAUACAAUGCUCAGUUGAUGGAGAUCGGUAGGUUGUGGUAGGUCAAGCCGUUACCCGUGAAGUUAAUACAAUGUACAUAGAUGGCGCGCCGCCGCCGGCAACUCGACCCCGCCCGCCCUCGUCAUACCCUUUCUAUGCGAUCACGACUAGCACCCCACCACCACCAUAGAUAGAUACCACGUAUUUAUAGCGUUUAUACAUUUAUACAAUACUUUAUAUAAAAUAAAGCAUCAGUAUUUAAAACUCAA